GCAAUAAAUGAUAAAGUCUUCUGUAUUUGGACCAUAAAGUUUCCCAGCAGUCUGUGGUAUGAAUGCAUAAGUACACCGCGCCCUCUGCUGUUCACCGCUAUGAGGUGCAGCUUUUAUUUAAACACAUGCCUGUUACUUUAAGAAAACCCUUCGAAAAGCAUUGUGGGUAGCGUGUUCACAGCCAAUCAAGUCGCUGUUGUCAGCGCCUUGUUAUUGAGUUUGUGGAGUUUGGUUUAACUGACAAAAGGAGUGGAAACUUUUACUGUAUUUGAGCAUUUAUUUCAGAAAAUGUUCACAGAUCGACUGGACGAUCUGCGAGAGCGUAACAAACAUUUACUGAAGAAGCUAAGGCAGCACAAAGAGAAGCUUGAGCAACUGAACGGCUGCAACGAAAACCGCAAGAGGGGGAGAGAGCAUGAGGAUGAGGAGAGGAGGCAGCCCGAGGUGAUGGUGACCCUGACCGAUGGAGACCGUCGUCCUGCCAAGGCAGCCCUUGCAAGGUCUUCCGUGAGAUUUGCUGAUGUGUGUGAGACAAAUUGGAAUGAGACACGAAGGAAUGACACAAGAAAAAGCAUCCAGCACACUACUUCCACAUCUUAUGAGACCUCUAAACACACGAGAUUAGCUACUGAAGACAGCCACAGAAAUAUUCAAGUCCACAACAGACUGCAAGGAAUAGAGCCAUUCAGUGCUACGUCCUGUCCACUUAGACACAGCAAAGACCAGAGGGAAGUCCAGAGUCGAGUCACAUUUCAGUCAGAUGAAUGUGAAGACAUACCUGUCUCAGAGAGGCACCGUUUGCAGCCUUUACUUGGAUAUGACUGGAUAGCAGGAGUUCUGGAUUCUGAGGACUUGUUGGUAGAUCGCUCUGAUGAGUUCUUCAAUGAUUUGCGUGUGUUUCGAUCUCUUUAUAAAGAUGAGUGUGUCCGCAACUCACAACCAAAAUUUUCUGAGGAGAGUCAUCUUCUCCCCCCACUUCUAAAAGAUAAGGAUGACCCAGAGGCAAACGUGGAUACUCAUCAAUGUACAUUCUCCUACAGGAUUAACAGCAGACUGUUCCCAGUGCCGCUUCACUCUCAGGAGUGUUGCCCAGUGUGUAAAAGAAAGAAGUCCUCUCACCCUCACACUGCUGCUGAACCAGCUCUCAUCAGGGUCAGCAUCCCUCGCACCACCUUGUUACCAUCUUAUGAAUACAAAGCUCAUCGGCGAUGCAGCUUUGAUCCUUCUGAUAGUUUGGGGUUACCAUCGCACUGUCUCUCAGGCUGGUCAAAUAAAGGUCAGACCACAGUGCCACCACCAUGCAGCCUAGAUCUGCGGAGCAGCCUUCAAAUGAAGAACUCUGAUGAAUUACUGAAUAAAGAGCUGGAGGAACUGUCUGGACCCAAAGGGUCUGAAGGCCAACUGCUUGACCGGAUGUCAGAUGUGUCGCGCUUGGCUCGUCACAACUUUCAGCACUUCCCCAAAAAGUAAACUGGGAAGCACAUCUUAGCCUUUAUGCUGACAAAACAACUGUCUAUUGAUUAAUCGCUGUAAUUCAGUUCACAACACCCUAAAAUACUUACCAGUUUUUACACCCAGAUUUCUUCUUUAUUUUAGGUUUUUUUGGGGGGGGUAAAUGUUUUAUAUCAGCAACACUUUUGCCUCUGAUCAAGAAAUUAAAUCAGUUAUAGUUUUAAUGUGGAAACAAACAGAAUGUAAAGUUUGUAAUUCUCAGGUCUUCUCAAGUAAAAUAAAGAAAAGAGAGUAAGAAAAAAAACCUGUGUCCCAGACUAUUUUCCAAAAACUAUAUCUAUAUUAUAUGACUAUGUUUUGGGUCGCUAAGUAAUAACUUUAGGAUGCUGGGCACACCCAUACAGCUAAAUGGCAUCAUGGGUGGCUGCACUUAAGGUGGAAGAAAAAGUUGUAAUGUUUACACUUAGUCCAUGGCUGAACAAAAGGUGUUAAAAAUUUUAAAUGGCUUUUUUUUUUUCAACGAGUUAGAGACUGUUAAGAUUUAUGAAGAAAACAAAUGAUAGUAUUGCUUAAUGGAUGUGUUAAACAGGCAAUUAUUUGGGCUGAGAUGUUGCUUUUCUGUGUUGCUCACUGUUUAACAUUGCAUCUUUAAUAAAAAGCUGUGCAUC